CUUUUUCUCACUUAUAUAGCUUGAGACCGAGGUUGAGACUAGUGGCUAACAGCAUCCUUCAACUUUGACGGCGGUUGUAUGCUUUCUCAACUAUGCUAACUUUUCUUUAAUCCCCCUAUACUUUUAUCAAAUAGUAUUUCUUUAUUCCAUUUCAUUCAUUAUACAUAACUCCUUGCGGAGCCAAUCGUUGUGGUUUGGCUAGGUAUCAUCGCCAAAGCAGCCGUCAGCGACGAUGCCGAAUCCACCACCCGAACCCGGCGCCGAUGAGACGGAGACACCGAAACCAUGGGUAUCACAGAAGACCGCUAUCGUCGUCUUCUCCAGCCUGGCUAUCGCUCUAUACGGGUACGAUCAAGGCAUGAUGUCCAUGGUCAACACCAACUACUCUUAUCUUAGUACCAUGGGCAUAGAGGAUACAUCUAUUUUACUUGGUGUCAUCGUCGCUAUAUAUUACAUCGGAUGCACAUUUGGCGCCAUCGUCGCUUCGCAUUUUGCCGACAGCCGCGGGCGUAAAUGGGCUGUAGUUAUGUGCCUUUUCGCCAGCAUAUUCGGAAAUCUCCUCAUGUUCAUUCCUGGUAUUUAUCCGAUUAAGGAGGACGAUACCUGGAAAGGAUGGUCUUUGCGUCUUAUGCUCAUUGGACGCUUCGUGUUGGGACUGGGUGUUGGGGGGAUUGACGCCGUCAUACCUGUCUACAGCUCCGAGCUCUCUAAGGAUGGCGCUCGUGGAAGUGCCUUGGCAAAAGAAUUCCAAGCGAAUAUUUUCGGAUUAUUGCUAGCAUUCGCGCUCAACCUAUUUCUCACUAUCGGACUCGGGAAAAACAACCAAUGGGCCUGGAGAAUCCCAAUCAUCUUUAUGCAAAUCUUCCCUUGGUUGCUGCUAUCCAUAGUUAGGAGCUUACCGGAAUCGCCGCGAUGGUUGAUCAGCCACGAGAGGUUAGAUGGUGCACUAGAUGCUCUUACUGGCCUCCACGGUCAAGAUCAGGCCGAAGAAAUGUUUGAACAACUCCACAGAGCCAACGAAGAAGAGGAACAAGACAAGCUAGGGUACUACGAAAUGUUUUUCGGGAGCCAAUCUCAUCCGACCGCGAUCACUGUGAUGGGUCAGAUUAACCAGGCUUUGACGGGUUAUGGGGCCGUCUCUGUAUACGGACCUCAGAUAUUCGAGCUUUUAGGCCUAAAAGUGCGCAUUGCGGAAUACGCGACACUCGGAAAUUACAUAUUUUACACCGGCAUGAUGACCGUUGCUUGGAAAACCAUCGAUGUUGUGGGCCGAAGGAAACUGAUGCUAUGGGGCUCACUGGGGUUGGCGGUCUGUUUUGGCCUGUUAACAAUUUUGGGCGGUAUCUCGGUAGACAUCUUUCGCAAGCCUCAAUUGCCCGUGGAAAUCAUCGGUUCGAUUAUACUCUGCGUGUCGACAGCUAUUUUCGGCGUGAGCUGGCUGACGACUGUCUGGUUGAUCCCGACAGAGAUUUAUCCCAACAGUGCGCGCGCGCAAGGUAGCUCAAUCAGUGUUAUCAUAUGGGGCCUGGCCAACUUCGCCAUUACGUUCCUCACCCCAAUUGGCUUCAAUAAUCUGAAAUACUGGUUGUUCUUGGUGUUUGCUGUUACCAAUACGAUUGCGGGGCUACUAACCUGGCGAUACUCGCCCGAAACCGGGGGCAGGAGCUUCGAAGAAAACCAACAAUUCUUUAUAUCUGCUCGAGAGAAGGGAAGGUUCGCUGUCAAAAAUGUUGACGGUGGAAAAUACUUACGUAUGCCUCAAAGGGAAGAUACUCCCCAGAAUCUCGAAGAGGGCGACCAAGAUGAGGGCGAGGACGCUGAGGGUGAAAAUGCUAAGGGCGAAAACACCAGAAGCGCACUCAAUGAAAGGACUCCUCUAUUAUUGAGUUGGUGGUAGAGGUCCCGAAAAUGUGGUUUUAUUGAGGGGAUUUUAUUAGCGGUAAGGACUAUGGAUGAUGACCUGAUGAUUUCAUGAUAUAAACAUUAGGGGAUAGCGACCUGUAUCGUUAU